AUGUCUGGAAAGCUCGAUCAGUCUCUUGACGAAAUCGUCUCUACCCAGCGCCGCGUUGUCGGUAAAGGUCGCCAAAACCCCCGCCGAUCUACAAGACGACCCGCUACAACUGCUCCUGUUGGUGGCGUUCAAAAGACUUCGAGGCAGCCUCGUGCUGCAGCGGCUAAGCAAAUUCCUGCUAAAGCAACCAGCAGUGGAGAGAGUAAGGUGGUUGUCAGCAACCUACCCAAAGAUGUGAACGAAGGCCAAAUUAAGGAGUAUUUUGCGACCUCAGUUGGACCUAUCAAGCGAGUGGAGCUUUCGUACGGCCCGAAUAGUGUAAGCCGUGGCAUCGCUACGGUCACCUUUGCCAAACCCGAUGGCGCCAGCAAGGCCUUCAACGCUCUGAACGGCCUUCUUGUUGACAACCGACCGAUCAAGAUCGAGAUUGUCGUUAGCGCUGCCAAGGCCGCAGAGAUAGCACCUCCCGCGAAGACUUUGACCGAGCGCAUCACUCAGCCUAAGGCUCAGCCCAAGUCAGCAGCAAAUGACAAGAAGGAAGCCGCUUCAAAGGCCGCAGGUGCCGGUGCUCGUGGUCGUAAGCGCCGUGGACCCCGCAACAGCCGUCCAGCCAAGAAGACAGCUGAGGAGCUCGAUUCUGAGAUGGCGGAUUACUUCGAAGCUAGCAAUCAGAAUGAGAACACCAACGGCGCUGCACCUGCUGCCACCAGUGGUGACGCCCCAAUGGAGGAUGAAAUUCUAGUACGUAUAGUUGCAAUUCUACUUCGCAUAUCCACUAACCAGCGUAUAGUGAGUGAAUGGUUUAGACCUGGAUUAACUUUUACUCGGAAUGGUGCCAUUCCGCAUCAACAUCUCCUUCCAUCGCUUGUACUGUAG